UCUUCCCACCACCUGAGCAAAACCCAAAAAAAAAAAGAGAAACUUUUGCUGGUCGCAAGCAGCAGCAGAGACGCACAAGAGCAAAAGAAUCAUCUUUUUUGCUUUUUUCCCAUAUUUUUCUGGGCUAACUUUUUUCCAACCCGCAUUCCUCUGAUUCUUGAUCUCAAUGAUGGCCACGCUUUCACUCCCGAAGCACUCGCUCCCAUUUCUGAUCCCACCUCAGACACCCAGAACCCAAUCUCCCCGCAAUCCCACGUUCUUGCCCAAAUCUUCAGAGUCUCAGUUCCAUGGCCUUAGGCUUUCUACUCCCUCCUCUGCCUCCAUCCCUUCUUCGUUCUCUGCCAAGAGCGCCAUUCUUGCCAAGGUGAACAAAGACCAAGUCCCACCAUCCUUCACGCUGAAGGAUCAAGAUGGCAAGAACGUGAGCCUCUCUAAGUUCAAGGGCAAGCCUGUCGUCGUCUACUUCUACCCUGCUGAUGAGACACCAGGCUGCACCAAGCAGGCCUGCGCUUUCCGGGAUUCUUACGAGAAGUUCAAGAAAGCAGGGGCCGAGGUGAUUGGAAUCAGUGGGGAUGACUCAAAUUCGCAUAAGGCAUUUGCCAAGAAGUAUAGACUUCCAUUCACAUUGCUCAGUGAUGUCGGGGAUACGGUCAGGAAAGAUUGGGGAGUCCCCUCAGAUUUAUUCGGGACCUUGCCCGGAAGACAGACUUACGUGCUCGACAAGAACGGCGUGGUUCAGCUCAUCUACAACAACCAGUUCCAACCUGAGAAGCACAUUGACGAGACCUUGAAGUUCCUUCAAAGCGCCUAAUGAGCCAUCGUAAAUAUGUCGAUAGUUUGUCCUUCCCGAUCUCUUGUUGCUUUUCAUUACCAUGGCUCCAUAUGUAAACUGUAUUUGGCUCUUCAAUGAGAUAAUCUACGAUUGUUAAA